GUAGCCGACUUUGAGAAGGUGGUCGUCGAUAGCCGGUAAUCUUCCUGGAAGAACGGACAAUGAAAUAAAAAACUAUUGGAACACACAUUUGAGAAAGAAACUUCUCCAAAUGGGGAUUGAUCCGGUGACCCACAGGCCAAGAACCGACCAUCUAAACGUUUUAGCUGCUCUCCCGCAGCUUAUAGCCGCCGCAAAUUUCAACAGCCUCUUGAAUCUCAAUCAAAAUGUGCAACUGGAUGCAACAACUCUUGCUAAAGCUCAACUUUUACACACUAUGAUUCAAGUCCUUAGCACCAAUAACAACACCAAUCCUUCUUUUUCUUCAUCAACUAUGCAAAACAGUAGCAAUCUCUUUGGCCAAUCUUCUUACUUAGAGAACCAAAACCUUUUUGGUCAGUCUCAAAACUUCUCUCACAUUCUUGAGAACAAUCAUGAUGAGCAUUUGAUGGGAAAAAGCCAAAUUAUUGAUCACUCUUUGGAAUCUUUUUCUUCCCUGAUACAACCCGAUUUUCAAGAUGACCAUAAUUCACUCCCUCUAUUGGUGCCUGCUUCUCCUGAAGAAUCUAAACAAACUCAAACGAUGAUCAAGAACAAAGACAUUGCGGAUUACCAUCAUCAUGAUACUGCAAACCCUUCAUCAUCAAAUUCGACGUUCACACAGGAUCAUCAUCAGCCAUGGUGUGACACUAUAGAUGAUGGAGCAAGUGAUUCUUAUUGGAAAGAUAUAAUAGAGUAAGUCCCUCAGUACUCUCCCCACAUACAUCUUGUUUUGUAUAUAUUGAAUUUCGUAAUUACCACAUGAAUGCAUUCGAUGAAAAGGGACGAUUCGGCUAGUCUAAUGUCUUAAUUUUCCGUUUUUUUGCAGGCAAACGUGUUCGGAACCAUGGCCAUUUCCUGAAUAGACAAGAUUAAAGAGAGAAUACUUUU